AUGACUUCAAUCCCUCUUGAACCCCUAGGCGCCUCCAAACCUCCUCUUCCACCUCGACCACCCAAACCAUCAGAAACAACCGUUCAAGAUGAUCAUGAUACAUUCCAAAAACGGAGGAACGACUUCAACAGUGGGAUUGGAGGUGCUACUGGUCAACUUGGAAAAGCUUACAAGAUAGCUGAAGAAAAAGCUAAAGCUGCUGUGGUGUUGAAUGAAGGUGGUCUUGACUCUGUUUCGGUUUAUGGAUUAGGUUUGACGAUUUGGUUCACAAUACUUUCCUUACCAUUAUUUUUAUUCCCACGUAUCCUUUUAUUCUUCUCUCAAAAACCUCCACCAUCCACAACGUUCUCCACCUUUUCUCCCCAAGUGGAUCAUUACGAUUCCUUAUCUUCACUAGAAUCUUCACUUUGUUUCUCAUUAGCUACCACAUACCUAUUAUUAGCUUUGAUAAGUUUAUCAGUUUUGGUACCUUCUUACACACCUCGUAGUCCUGCUCGAUCACCCAUAUUAGGUUUAUAUUUGAUUUUCGUAACUUUUAUAUCUUUACUCGGUAUCGUCAAUUCCAGUAGAGUCAAAAGUGGAGGUUAUGGAGGAUUAGGUAAAAUGAUUAAUUUCGGUUAUGCUGGAAUGGCAAUAUGGGGUUGGUGGGUCGUCGUCUUUGGGAAAAUCAAAUCUAGUCAUAGGAAAAGUAAAGUUCCAGAGAGGUUUAAGAAGUUGUAA